AGACAAUUAUCUUUUUAUGCCGACUAUCGUUGCUUGGAUUUAAAAGAACAAUUCACUCAUUUUAAUCAGUUUCGUUUACGACAACAUGACAAUCAUUAGUGUUCUUUCUUAUUUAACUAUUAUCGUGGCAGUUGGUAAAUGUUUUGUAGUGGAAUUAGAUGACGAUAUCAAUCGAUUUGAGAAUGAGAAUACAGAAAUAUUCGAUGAUAAUGGAUUAUGGUUUGCUGAUGAUAAUAAUAAUUUAGUUAGAGCGACAUUAAAUAAAAGUCUCCUCUCAUCUGGUGAUGUUGAUUUAAAUUUGAAUCUCGACAAUUAUGUUUUUUUUCUACUCUAUACAAAAGAAAAUAUCGAAAAUUUCCAGUGGCUCUAUCUAAAUGACAAUGUCACCUUAUCGCAGAGUAAUUUUAAUUCUAAAAGACCGACAAAAUUUAUCACUCAUGGAUGGACCAAUAGCUAUAAAAGUCCCGCUUGCAAUCUCAUUAAAGAUGCAUUUUUAGAGCAGGGAGAUUAUAAUAUUAUUAUAAUCGAUUGGAGCCGAAUCUCAAAGAAUGAAUAUAUUUAUGCAUCUUAUCAAGUGAAAAAAGUUGCUAUUUACGUAGCUGCAAUGAUUGAUUUUCUACAGACAAAGGGAUUGGAUACAUUAGCAACAACACUUGUUGGUCAUUCACUCGGGGCUCACGUUAUGGGCCUUGCUGGCUAUAAUUCUCUUAAUACUAUCGACUACAUUGUUGGUCUCGACCCCGCUCUACCACUUUUUGGAUCAGCGUCAGAGGGUUCGAGAAUAUCACCAAAUGACGCUAAUAAUGUGGAAAUAAUUCACACUAACGCCGGUUAUUUGGGUUAUAAAAAUGACAUUGGCGAUGUUGAUUUUUAUCCAAAUGGUGGCAGUUCACAAAUUGGUUGUUUCAUUGAUAUAUUUGGAAUUUGUUCUCACAAACGUGCCUUUGAAUUUUAUGCCGAGUCAAUUUUAAGUAAAGACGGAUUUUAUGGGAAAAAAUGCGACGACUACGAUUCUUAUGAGGAGGAAAAAUGCAGCGAUGAAAUUGCACUCAUGGGAGGGAUAGAGAAAAAUUUUAAAUCAAAGGGAAGAUUUUUUCUUCACACAAGAGAUAAAGCUCCCUAUGCAGUUGGUCCCAAUUGAUUUUAUUUUUAAGAACUGAAUUUUUUGGGGAAAGUUAAUUAAAAGAAAUAUUAGCUUAUAUUUUAUUUAUUUUUAUUAUAGAAUCGUUUAUGAAAUAAAUUAUUAAGUAAAUAAGUAAUU